GGUGCCUACGUGACUAACCGGCGUCUGAUUAGGAGAAAGGCGGAGGAACUCUGUGCGCAUGAGCAGUCCAUCCGUGCAACGUGGAGAGAGAGAGAGAGAGAGAGAAUGCCUAAGAAGCGGGGAGAGUGUGGAAGCGUGGUUCAGGAGAUGGAUAACCUGGAGGAGAAGCUGUGCCGGUGUAGAGAGAGCUUGGAAGAGUUGGAUCUUAAGCUACGGAGAGAAGAACUGACUCCUGAGGGAAGAGAGUUACUGGAGAAAGAGAAAAACCUGCUAGCAACCAAAGCUGAAAAUUAUGAGAAAGAACUGAAAGUGCUUCGCCAGGAAAAUCGCAAGAAUGCAGCACUCUCAGUAGCUCUUGUGCUGUUGGUUGUCGUUAUUUACACUUGCUGGACAAUGUAACAGCUUUUGCUGAGAUCUCCUAAUGACUUGACUGCGAUAACCUCUUCCUCUCCCUCACCAGACUGUCUCGAGGGUGUGAUCAGCUUUCCAAGCCAGUGCUGUCAAGACACCUUCAAAUCAUAAUAGCCUAGACAAUCCUUGCCGUUGACGCCUGAAGAAAAUUAACACAGCAUAAGCUGUUUGGGAGAAGAGGCUAAAGUUUGGUUGGAGCCCUCCUGUUAUUCUGUGGUGAAUGCUCUGUAAUGUCUCGAUUUUCCUGUUCUUAAGAAGCCACCUGUGUGUAAUCAACCCUUCACAUUGUUCCAGCAUCUCAGGCAUUUUGAAGAUGAAAUCCUCUUCUUUGCCACAACCCUAUUCAGAAGAUACAAAGCCUCUCCAGGCUUCCUCUAUUCCCAUUUCCAUAGUCCUGAACACCUUUUUCUCCUGCUGCUCAGGAGCAUAGGUGGAGCAACCUUGAAGGGCACAGGACAGGAGAAUUUCCUGGGGGUGGCAGGGAGCAAGUUGACCAAUUCCAUAAUUUGAAUGUUGUCGUUAUGCAUGGAAGUGGAUCCAAUUUCUGCCUCCCUGCUGUGACUGCCUAAGAAAUAAAUGUGCCAAGUAGGAA